GUGUUUUUUUCACAAACGUGUGUACGCCCCGACCGUUUCAAUGUGCAAUCUUAAUUGGGAGAACAAAAGGAAUUUGUUGACCACCAGGACUACUGCCGUGCCCACAUCCAUCCAGUCUAUAGCCUGUACAUUGCUGUACUUUUCUACCGUGACCAGAACCCGCGGGGUGAACAUGAGGACCUCCUUAGCCUGGGCCCAGUACCGGGUGGUAAGUUUGCUCUGUGACCCGUCUUCUGCCAUGGAAAAGAUCUUAGUCAGAGUCCCUUCAGUGAGGAAAGCCAAUUUUGGUUUGACUUCUUCAUCGUGUGCUAGURGGGGRGGGGGGGGGGGGGAAGRGGUGGGCUGUCUGGCGGUAACAGAGCCACAACUUGGGUCAUCCCAAUAUCCUCUCCCCCUGGGCCCGCCUCCAAACUGCGAUAUUGCGUUGUCUGUUGCACCUCGUCUGGGGCCAAGAUGUCUAUAUCUUGUGCGUUAUGUGCAUCCGCUUUGUGAGGCGAGGGGCCAGGUGCAGCUAUUUGGGGGCAGUGCAGUGUGUGGCUCUGUUGUUGUUGUUGUCUCUGCAUUUUCAUCUCAUGCUGCCAAAAUUGUUGUAGUUGCUGCUGCUGUUGCUGCAAGAUACGUUCCUGUUGGCAGCAGAGUUGUUGUUGCCACUGCAAAUGCAAAUGCUGCAAUAUUUGGUGCUGGUGCAAGGCCCUUUGUUGAUGCUGCUAGUGGUGGUACUGUGCCAACUGCGCUUGCAAAAGGAAGCGUAGUUGGUCAGCACAGUCUGAGCUAUGCUGCACCUGUUCGUGCGCCACAUUUUGCUGCACGUUUUGCUCGAUCUGUUGUAGUGGAAGCAGUUGUUGUUGCUGUUGGUGCAUCACCACUUCUUGGAGAUGUGGAGCUGCCAUCAUCUUCUCCUGUUGGGCCAUCUAUUGGUGUUGGUGCAUCGUUAGCAGCUGUUCUUGCAGAGGGUGAUGCUGGUGUUGUUGUUGCAGUUGAUGCUGCUGUUGUUGAUGUGUCAGCAUUUGUUCCUGCUGGGUUGUCUGUUGAGGUUGUUGUAACAUCAGCUGCUGCUCCAUCUGCUGUGGUAGGACCCGAGCCUGGUGCUGCAGCUGCUGCAGUGAUUGCGGUUGGAGUUGUGAGAGCUGCACGUGCUCCACUUGUGGAUCGGGUUGGUGCUCCAUCUGCUGUGGCUGGUCCCGAGCUUGGUGCUGCUGUUGCUGUGUCAUUUGCGGUUGGUGUUGUGGUUUAUGCUGUUGGAACAUGGGCUGCUGUUCUUGCUGAUGUUGCGCUUCUCGGAUCUGGUGGUGGUGUUGCAACAGUAGCCCGUUUUGUGGCUGCGACAUCGUGUGCUGCUUCUGCGGUUGCCGGGGUUGCUGUUGUGGCUGUUGGAGCCCUGGCACUGGCAGCAUCAGCUGUUGCUGUUCUGAGGGAUGGUCCUUCGGCUCGAUCUCUUGCAUUUGUUGGGGGCGCUGCCCAAUUACCGCAUCAUGUUCGAGUUCCAGCUUCCGGGUUCGCAGCAGUUCCUGCUGCGGUUUUCCAGGUGAAUCGGGAGGCAGAAAUUUGGCUUCCCCCGUCACUUGCGAGAUCACCAUUCUCGCGGCAGGUCGGCCAAGGUCUGGCGGAUGGCCAUGCGUGUCCCCUUGCUGCUCCAUCGUCAGUUGGGGUGUAUGCACUCCUCCCAUCCCUCCUUGGGAGUCGCUUUUCGAUCCGUGCUGUUGAUGAUGGGGCGGCGGGGGUUCCGGGUGUUGGGGGAAGGCAGCGUCUUUGAGUUUGUUGAGCAGGGAGUUGGCUUUGAGCCACACCUCCCUGGGUUUGAAUCCUUUUCCUGCAUUCUCCUUGGAUGCUGCUCCCGUGUGGGGUCUCAUUUUGUUCG